AUGCACAUGAGUUUGCAUAAACUCUGGGAGUUGGUGAUGGACAGGGAGGCCUGGCUUGCCACAGUCCAUGGGAUCGCAGUCAGACACGACCGAGUGACUGAACUGAACCCACUCCAGAUGGACACCUGGGACAUGGGGGCCAGCUCGCCUCCGCCUCUGGCGCCCAACAUCAGCGUGCCGCACCGCUGCCUGCUGCUGCUCUACGAGGACAUCGGCACCUCGCGGGUCCGGUACUGGGACCUCCUGCUGCUCAUCCCCAAUGUGCUGUUUUUCAUCUUCCUGCUCUGGAAGCUUCCGUUUGCUCGGGCCAAGAUUCGAGUCACCUCCAGCCCCAUCUUUAUCACCUUUUAUAUCCUGGUAUUCGUGGUGGCGCUGGUGGGCAUUGCCCGGGCGGUGGUGUCCAUGACGGUCAGCACGUCAGACGCGGCCACGGUGGCUGACAAGAUCCUGUGGGAGAUCACGCGCUUCUUCCUGCUGGCCAUCGAGCUGAGCGUGGUCAUCCUGGGCCUGGCCUUCGGGCACUUGGAGAGCAAGUCCAGCAUCAAGCGGGUGCUGGCCAUCACCGCGGUGCUGUCGCUGGCCUACUCCGCCACGCAGGGCGCGCUGGAGAUCCUGUACCCCGACGCCCACCUGUCAGCCGACGACUUUAACAUCUACGGGCACGGGGGCCGCCAGUUCUGGCUCGUCAGCUCCUGCUGCUUCUUCCUGGUCUACUCCCUGGUGGUCGUGCUCCCCAAGACCCCGCUGAAGGAGCGCAUCUCCCUGCCGUCGCGGAGGAGCUUCUAUGUGUACGCAGGCAUACUGGCGCUGCUCAACUUGGUGCAGGGGCUGGGGAGCGCGCUGCUGUGCGCCGACAUCAUCGAGGGACUCUGCUGCGUGGACGCCACCACCUUCCUCUACUUCAGCUUCUUCGCACCCCUCAUCUACGUGGCCUUCCUGCGCGGCUUCUUCGGCUCGGAGCCCAAGAUUCUCUUCUCCUACAAAUGCCAAGUGGACGAGACUGAGGAGCCGGACGUGCACCUGCCCCAGCCCUACGCGGUGGCCCGGCGGGAGGGCCCUGAGGCUGUCGGGGCGGCCAGCACACAGUUCGACUCCGCCGGGGUGGCCUAUCUAGACGACGUGGCCUCCCUGCCCUGCCACGCCGGCAGCAUCAACAGCGUGGAUAGUGAGCGCUGGAAGGCCAUCAACGCCUGA